AUCACCAUCAAAAUCUCUGCAUUGAGGAGUAAUCCCAAAUGUAUGAACUAUCUCGGAGUGCUGUUUAAUCUGUAAUGGAUCAGGGGAUAAAUGUGGUCAAGCAAAUGAUCAUCAUUCUGUACGAAAACAGUUUCAUGUUAGCUACUCCAUGUCAAACAUAGGCUACAUAAAUUCCCAGUUUAUGCACAGAAAUGAAGAGUAGGGACUUUAUAUAUUUUUAAAGGGUUAUUCGAUUCAGAGUUUUAGGAGUUCCAUAUAAUACAACACAUUUCGGCCUUUUAAUGUGCCCGUAUACGUUUUAAGUCAAAACGGUUUCAACUGUUUCUUUUGGGACUUGGGAAAUUUCUUCGUCUGCGUAAAACCUGCGUCAUCGGCGCGGUGGUGUUUUCUUGGACAUGUCUUCUGUGUUUAUUCACGAGGGAAUUUGGAAAUCAUAGAAACGGCGAAAGCGGUCAAAAACAUCCAAUAACGCACUGGUUGAGAUAAUAUCGUGCCGCGUCCUUCUACGUCCGGUGCGUAAAAGUUAACCAUGCUUUUUGGACAUCACCGGCAAGCUUCAGACACUUUGUCAGAAAAAAAAGUGAGACGGCGAGUCAGAGUGAAUAAGGAAAGAAAGAGAAUGUGGGAGGGUGGGAGAGCCCUCCCCCCGUCAAAUGUCUCGAUGGGAUUCUCUCCUUCAUAACCCAACUCGUCUCAAGUCUCGCGCAGAUGACCAAAGUGUCCCAACCGGUCGGUGAAUGUGCUCCAAUAGCCACAGGAUGACAAGAUGAUAGCAGAUUAGAUUUUAAACCAUUCAUCCGCAUAUCAUUUAAAAAAAAAAAAAAAAAAAAAAAAAUCUAAAUCAGAGUAGCCACAUAUCCUGAGGCCAGAAAGCACUUGGCUACAUGUGAAUGUCUGUUGGUCUCCCAGCGCACUGCGCUGAUGAUGCCAUGCCGCGAAGUCACACCGGCGAGGAGAGCGGCAGCACCGGGCUCUGGAUGAAGACCUCAACUGGACGCCGGGGGCAGGACUACACGCUGAAAGAUGUGGAGUCUGGUCGGAGGACGAUGAACAACACGGUACGACCCGGGGACGGUCUCCUGUCUCCCGCUUCGGCAGGUGCGGUGGGAGCGGAGAGGAAGCAGGGCGCCCGGCUCAGCCUGCUGGGGAAGCCGCUGACCUACAGCGCGCAGAGUGGCCGCAGGAACGCACGCUACCGGCGACUCCAGAAUUACCUCUACAACGUGCUGGAGAGACCGAGGGAAUGGGCUUUCAUCUACCACGCCUUUGUGUUCAUCCUGGUGUUUGGAUGUCUGGUUCUCUCUGUGUAUUCCACCAUCCCAGCUCACCAGGAGUUCUCCUCUCACUGCCUGCUCAUCCUGGAGUUUGUGAUGAUCGUUGUGUUUGGUCUGGAGUACAUCAUCAGGAUAUGGAGCGCUGGCUGCUGCUGCCGCUACCGAGGCUGGCAGGGACGCCUCCGCUUUGCCAGGAAGCCGUUCUGUGUCAUAGACAUCAUUGUGCUCAUCGCCUCGGUUGCUGUGGUUUCAGCCGGUAGUCAGGGUAACAUCUUCGCCACGUCUGCGCUGCGUAGCCUUCGUUUCCUUCAGAUCCUGCGUAUGGUGCGUAUGGACCGCAGGGGAGGGACCUGGAAGCUGCUGGGAUCUGUAGUUUAUGCACACAGUAAGGAGCUGGUGACGGCCUGGUACAUCGGGUUCCUGGUGCUAAUCUUCUCCUCCUUUCUGGUCUAUCUGGUGGAGAAAGAAUUCAACAAGGAGUUUGCCACCUAUGCUGACGCUCUGUGGUGGGGCACGAUAACUCUCACCACCAUUGGCUAUGGGGAUAAAACUCCACAGACGUGGACUGGGAGAUUAUUAUCGGCUGGUUUUGCUCUGCUGGGGAUCUCCUUCUUCGCACUACCAGCUGGCAUCCUUGGGUCAGGUUUUGCCCUGAAGGUGCAGGAGCAGCAUCGACAGAAGCACUUUGAAAAGAGGAGGAAUCCAGCUGCCAGCCUCAUCCAGUGUGUCUGGCGUAGUUAUACUGCUGAUGAGAACUCGGUUUCCAUUGCUACCUGGAAGCCUCAUUUGAAGGCGUUGCAUACCUGCAGCCCCGCAAAGAAAGAACAGGGAGAGACUACUUACAGUCAGAAGUUAAGUUUUAAGGAGCGAGUACGGAUGGCUAGUCCUCGUGGUCAGAGCAUGAAGAGCAGACAGACUUCCAUCAAUGACCGCCAACGCUGUUCCCCCGGCAACGAGGUGGGGGGCAGUGCCGAACUGAUGGGUGGCAGCCCGGCCAAAGUGCAGAAGAGCUGGAGCUUCAAUGAUCGGACCCGAUUUAGGCCAUCGCUUAGGCUGAAGAGCCAGUCUCGCACUGCUGUUCCAGAUGUGGAUGCUGGCAUGACCACAGAGGAUUCCUUUGAUGAGAGAGGCUGCCAUUGUGAUGUCACAGUAGAGGAUCUGUCUGCACCGCUCAAGUCUGUCAUCAGGGCUGUCAGGAUCAUGAAGUUCCAUGUUGCCAAAAAGAAGUUUAAGGAGACAUUGCGUCCGUAUGAUGUGAAGGACGUUAUAGAGCAGUACUCUGCAGGACACCUGGACAUGCUCUGUCGCAUCAAAAGCCUUCAGACCAGACUUGACACUGUAGUGGGUCCCCCUCCAAGACCCUUCAGCAGCCCCAACAAGACCUUUUCCUCUCCUUCCCUGCAUUUAUAUUACAGCCAGGCCAGGAGGAAACAGUCUUCACUGGGACUGGCCAGUGCAGCGAGCUCUGGUCCCAGCCUGAGUAGCCGAUCCAGGAACAUGUCCUCUCCUGCCCUGCACUAUUAUUGCAGCAACAACAAGAAGAAGCUCUCUGGCUCAGGGGUGGAUCAGAUUCUGGGAAAAGGCCAGAUUCCGUUGGAUAAGAAAAUAAGGGACAAGCUGCACCCAGAUGGAGAUUCCUUGGAGGGGAUGAGCAUGCUGGGCCGUGUGUGUAAAGUGGAGAGACAAGUAACUUCCAUUGAAUCAAAGUUGGACUCUUUGCUGGAUGUUUACCGCCAAGUCCUCCAGAAAGGCCCAUCAGCACUGACCCUCUCCUCCCUGCCUCUGUUUGAGCUGGACAAUCACCAGCGCCAUACCUCCGACUACCAGACCUCCGUCAUUGGCAGGGAUCUCCCCUCUCCACAUGAGGGAGAUCCGCUCAGAGCGGGAGGCGACAACAACAGGGGACCAGGUCGCUCUCUUAGCGGCAACCCGAAAGGCCUGCGGCUAAUCCUGCCGCCCGCCGAUGACGAAGGCCCCCCAGACUCAGCACCUCCAUCUUACCCCCCGUCCACAGCCUCACUCUCCCCCUCACCCCUUCUGCCUCCAGAUAGCCCCUACCCAACUGUAGUCACCCCUAAUGGGACCUCCAAGAGACCACACUUCCCUGACCUGCCGCCCCCUCCCUCAACCGGGGGUUUCACCCUCCGGCUUCCCCCCGUCAUGCACCCCUCCUACCUUGGAUGCCAUGCUAACCCAGUCCCAGAUGAAAUGGGGGAUGAGGUGGUUGUGGAUGAGGGGGGUCUUGGUCCUUCUCUUGUUGUUGAAUCUAGUGCGGAUGCUGACCAGGUUAGGGACUGUGAGGCAGGCUCAGUGACGCUGCGGGAGAAGUCAGACUUGAAAGCUGAGGGGGUCUGGAGGAGGCACAUGAGCCUGGAGGUCAACCCCAUGCUGCUGCUCUCAUCUAGCCCAGAUGGGACACCUUCAGACUGGGGGAGCGGUCUGGGGAAAACUCUCUCCGUUCAAAAUCUCAGCCAGCCUUUGACCAACCGUGCCCCUGCACUGUCCUCAGCGCUCAACAGCAGCAACGGUAGUGAGGAUGGAAAUAACCACGGGGACAUAAGCAACUGGGAUGGAGCAGAACUUUUCAUCAGUGAGUGCAAACUAGAGCCAGAGGAAGAACUUUUCAACUUUCAGUCCCAGGGGCCCUGCAGCAGCUCCGCAGAACGUUUACAGACUGUAGAAGAGGUGGCACCCCGACCCAAAGGAAACACAGAUUUUCUCAGUCAAUCACCACACAUACAGUUGGCAUAACCACACACACACACACACACACAUACACACGUAUAAAAAAAUGUCCAGGACAGGAACAAACCAAGAUCAAUGCCUUGUUUAGGGAUAAACCCUUUAUUUUAACAUUUUCUCAAAAUGAUUAUUUCCACUGUCACAAUAUAUAUUUUUGUAAUAUACCUAUGAGGUACUAAAAUUAUCAUUAAGAGAUAAAAACAUAUGAAUAAAAGUGGGUCUAUUCUUGAAAGAAGAAUUGCAGAAAAACCUGCAACCUCCCUUUAAAACGACUCAAAAAUAGCAAUUUGAUCAAUUUGACCCUGUAAAGGCUUUGUUUUAUUAUCCAAUAGUAUUUUAAUGAACGGUUAUGACAGAUGUCGGCUCAUUUACUUCUAUUUGAAAUAAAAAAGGGAGGAAUGUUUACUGUGAUUUCUGAGCCUGCAGUCUGACACCUGCCGAUUAUGUGUAGAAGGAAAAUCUCGUUAUUACACUUGACACAAGAAACUUUGAGAGAGGUUAACUUUAUUUUCAGAGUCAUAGAGCAGUCCUACAUUUUGAGUAACUUGAACCUGAAACAGAGCAGCUAGUUUUUGCUUACAUGCAACUUUUCUCUUAAGAAAUUAGACAUCAGAUACAUCAGGGAACGAGUGCCAACCUGGACAGUAAGAUUACAUACAUAACAUAAUGAAUAGUCCAAAAAAAAAAAGACACAUUAAAACACGCUUACACACAUACAAAUGACAACAGCACCCAAAAAGAAGUGAGACUGACUGGUGUCUUAUUCUUUCUACAAGUGCUUGUAUUCAAAGCCUUCCUCAGAAGAAGGGGAAGAGUGAAUUAUUCUCCUUGAUCAAUGUCUGUCUUUUGACAUGUAAAAUGUCAUCGUUUACUUAAGCUUUCAUACAUAUCACCGCAUGGACUGUUUCUAAAAUGAAUGAAUGAAUGGUGAAUAAUGGAGGGAGGCCUGGUUUGAUGGGAAAUCUGAAUUUCUGACAGAGUUAAAAGUCACUCCCUUGGAAUGUUUCAGACCACACUCAUCUCUUUCUGUUAAUUCUCUAUAGACACAGAUUGGUCGUUUCAUCUGUUGGCAACAUGUUUGUAUCCAUUGGGGAAGAUAGCUGAUCAGCAAUCACUUAAAACAAGUGCUGGGCCAUAUUCAACCUGAUUUGGACAGUAGUAGCUAGCUGCAUGCUAAUGGUCUGAAUGCUGAACUGCAGUUCAGAUACCUUGAGGGUUAUUCCAGCCAAGCAUGAGGUACUGCAUGUCAAAGCUGUUGCAAUAACUCAAGAGCAGUCGCUCACUCCCUGGUGGCCAGGAUGGACUACUGCAUGUUAAAGUACUGUUCCCUAAAAACCUCAUCAAAAAGGUACGAACAAAGUGAGCCUAUAUAAACAUUAUUAUCCUAAUUAAAACUAAUUUGAAACUAGUUUAAUCUUGUACUGCCACUUGUGUGGAUAAUCAACUUACAUUUGAAUUUUAUGACAAGCUUACAACCUUUGAAGGUAAUGAAAUGUUUUUGACAAACCCUGUCUUUUUUAACAGGUGCUGGUUGCACAAUGCACAUCAAUAAUUGUGAAACCCACAACAACUAUUUACAGAACAUACUUGUUUUCAUCCAGAAUACAUGAUGAAAGAGAGGUUUAGAGGAUUGUUGGUACCUACAUUUGAAAUUUCUAAUAUUUUCCAUGUCUUCAUCUUACUCAUCCCAUGCUCAUAGGAUCUUUGAGAGGGGAUUAAGCAGGAAUUCUAAGAUAUUGUAAUAUUUUGGUAAAUUAAAUCCAUAUUCAAAGUGAAAACUUUGUAUGUUUUAAAUUAGGAUUAAGUAUUGCAAUCAUGUUUAACGACAUUGGCCAUCUCUACACUUGAUGUCAGUGUUUUGAAAUGUUAUCCCUAUGGUACAUACGUUUCCAGCUCUUAAACAAGAGUUAUGCAGAAACCCUAUCCAUCUUAGUUUGUGCCACUCUUUUUUAAAUGUCUUAAGGGAUAAGCAGUCUUAAAGUUGCAUUUUCAUGUGUUAAUGACCUUUAUUCAUUUAUUAUUUUUACAGAAUCUGUUCCCUUUGUUUUGAAUGGCGAGUAAGUGCAUUGCUUAGGAAAUUAACAAUCUCUAGUGGAUUAUAAUAUAUUUUAUCCUCUAACAAAUGUUAAUUGUAAACACUAGUAGAUGGUUUCUUUAAAUAUUCUACAUGCAGGUUGCUGAUUAAAUAUAUUAUAAAAUAAAGGCACAGCUGUUUUUUGUCUGAAGAACCUGAAAAUGUGAACUGGUAGUUUAAUACUAAAUAUUAUUGGAAUAGACUUGUAGUUUUAUGAGUAUUUCUACAAACCCUAGGAUAAGAGGUCAGCCAGGACUCACAGUUACUUUGUAGCAGGAUAUGGUACACAUAGGCCUACUGAAUAAGUAGACCCUAUGGACUUUGGAUGGAUUAUUACCCUCAAAAAACCUGCCCAUUUUUGCAAUCUGUAAAUUGCUUCAUGAUAUCUGUGUUGCAUUCGAACGGGUUUAUUUUUCCAAUCUACAAAUGUCCUAUAGUUGAAAUCGAACUGCUCAAUUUGAAUCGGGCAUCCAUUUCACUUAAGUAGCUUUAACCACCGACAUUAUUAGGCUCCUAUGGCCAAUGAUACCCUCUCCCUACUGCUUAAACAGCAAUUUAUUACACAACUGGCCUUAAAGUUUGAUGUUAACAUUUAUUAUUUCUUUGAAAUUAAUUUAUUAAAGUGCACAUAAUGUUCUCUGGGUGACAAAUGCAAAAGUAAUUUUAUUAUACAUUAAUAAAGAACAAAUUAACUCAA